CUCUUUUUUGCUGAGCACGACCUUUUCCUGCUAGAAGAUUCAGAAAAAAUGGGAGAAGCAGAGGCCGUCCCAGCUGAUGAAAAACAGGCAGAUUCGGGGUCUAGUCCGGUGGAGGAGUCGGUAAUAUGGAGCCAAGAAGUGGAGGUCUGCCUUUUUCAUGCUAUGCUGGGCCACAAACCCGUAGGAGUUAAUCGUCAUUUCCACAUGAUCUGCAUUCGGGAUAAAUUUAGCCAGAAUAUUGGACGGCAGGUUUCCUCGAAAGUGAUUUGGGAUCAUCUGGGGACAAUGUACGACAUGCAAGCUCUGCAUGAAUCCGAAAUCUUGCCUUUCCCAAACUCUGAAAAAAGUUUUGUUCUGCCAGAGGAAAUUAUUCAAGAAGUCAAAGAAGGAAAACUGGUGGUCGAAGAAGAAGUCAAGGAUGAAAUCAAAGAAGAACGAGACCCACCUGCAACCAUGGAAGAAGGCAGCAACUCCUCUGUGAAGAUGGCAGAAAGGGCCAACAGCAAAGACAAGGAGAAAGACAAAGAGAAGGGUUCAGGUGAGAGCACAUCGAAGGAGGCUGCAGAGAAGAGGAAGAGGAACCGAGUGACUGAGAAAGUGCUGAACGCCAACAGUAACCCCUCCAGCCCCAGCGGGGCCAAGCGGCGCCGGACGUAGCCGGGGGUGGGGAGGGAGGGGGCACCCAGGUGCCGUGGUGACGAGGCGCAAACGGAUUGUGAGCACAUGUACUCUAAACAGUUCGGUGAAGCCUGGGACAAAAAGUGAUGUCGUGUGUUCAUCGAAAUGUGUAGGGCAGCAGCAGUUAGUUGGCUAGAACUGUACUCUGUUGAGCAUGUAGACAGGUUUCUAAGGCUGAGCUGCAGAAGAAGAUCUGGUGUAGAGUAUAGUAUUGGCUGGCCUUUAUUUCCAUGCGAUCCAAGGAAACCAUUAUCUUGUUAAUGUGCUGGAUUUUAAACAUUGUCACGGUGAUGUCAGGAAUGGGUAGGUUAUAAUGUGGAUUGCUGAUCCCUCUUGUGGAUGUCACUGGAAAAGACCAGAAAGGACCUGAUGCUCCAUGUAAGGUGUUUUUUAUUUUGUUUGACAUGAACCUGUCCUUUGUACAAAGCAGUGCAUGUCCAGCCUUAAGUUACAAAUGCAAAAAUGUAGAGGUAUGAUCAAAUGCUCUACUGUUAUGGGUCCAGCAACUCACUGCCACCUAGUAAAUAUUCUGUCUGCACAUUAUGAUGAUUUGUUAAACUAAAGGGGAGAUAUUGCAGAAAUCAUAAAUAGAUCUGAAGUGAGUGGCAAGUGAACUUUUGUGAUUGUCUGGAUUUCACUGGUUUGGUAAAAAUGUCAUUGUUUAUUUUGUUUUCCAUUCAGAUUAUCAAAACCAACACAAUUAAGCAAAAGGUUCAAUAAAUGUUAUUUAACAUUA